AUGAAGGAUAGCAGCAGCAACAAUAUUGAAAUAAAGAACGUGAGUGCCAUAUUGGAGUUUAUCCUGGUUGGGCUAUCUACAACAACUGAAAUACAGAUACCCCUCUUCUGGUUAUUCAUAUUCAUCUAUGUUACAGCCCUAACUGCCAACUUCAUCCUCAUUCUUACUAUAUGCACUUUCAGGAAACUCCACACACCCAUGUACUUCUUCAUUGUCAACUUGUCCUUAGUGAAUGUAUUCUCUAUUUCAGUUACCACACCUAAAUUGCUCCAGAGUCUUUGGACUGGAAGAAAGACCAUCUCAUUUCAUGGUUGCUUUACUCAGGUCUUUCUGUUUAUAUGGGCUUUGGGCACAGAGCUUCUCAAACUUCUUUUUCUCUCCUUUAUGGCUUUUGAUCGCUAUGCUGCUAUCUGUCAGCCUUUCCAGUAUCCCAUGAUCAUGAAGAAGCAAGUGUGUGCUUGCAUAGCUGUUGGAGUGUGGGUUGUGGGACUGGUGAAUUCUUCUACGCAUUCUGGCCUUAUGUUGCAGUUAUCUUUUUGUAACUCCAAUGUUAUCAAUCAUUUCUUCUGUGACGUACCUCCAUUGCUGCACCUCUCAUGCUCAGAUAUAACCCUAAAUGAAUUUGUGCUAUCUGCCUCAGAUAUUAUAUUUGGGAUUGGAUGUUGUGGGUUGACUCUAACAUCAUAUUUUUUAAUCAUAAGAGCUAUCUGCAGAAUCCGUUCCACUGAAGGGAAGAAGAAAGCAUUUUCCACCUGUUCCUCACAUUUCAUUGUAGUCAGUAUUUUCUAUUCCUCUGUCAUCUAUACUUACAUCAGACCACCUUCAGCCUACUCUCUAGACCAAGAUAAACUCAUUUCUCUUCUUUAUUCAGUGGUAACUCCUGUUGCUAAUCCAGUCAUAUAUUCACUGAGAAACAAAGAUUUUAAGGAAGGACUGACAUCACUCAAAGAGAGAAUUGGGCUGCUCAGUCGACUUCAAUACUGA